AUCAAAAUGAAGUCCGUUAUGUUGGCACUGGUCUGCGUAGUAAUGUUGGUAGUAAUAUCAACGCCUGUGGAAGCAGACAAGCUGAUAGGCAGUUGCGUGUGGGGGGGAGUGGAUUACACGUCCAACUGUAACGGGGAGUGCAAGCGCCGCGGGUUCAGGGGCGGACAUUGCGGGAGCUUCGCUAACGUCAACUGCUGGUGCGAGACGUGACAUGGCGGACGGGACAAGAUGGCGGACGGUGACAACAUGGCGACGCUCAUUGGAUUUUUAUUUACAUGUAAUUUAAAGUAUUAAACUGAUUAUAAUGAAGGAAAA